AUGGAAAAGAGGCAUGUAAAGCAGGCGGUGAAGAGGCUGCUGGGAGAGUAUAUUGGCAUCAGACUUCGGGAAAAUGAAUUUGAUCCAAAAGGAAGAGGCCAACUCACCUUUCUAGAUGAGAUGGCCCACUAUGACCUGGCCGUCAGUGUUGCUUGUCAAUGGGUAGAUCCCUCAGAAGAUUUAACUUGGCUCCAGUGGGAGAAAGUGAAAGCGCCACUUCGCGGCAGAUCCACGUAUCCAAACCGGAGAGAGCGCGAAGCGGUGAUCUUGUCAUCUUUCGCGGGAGUCUUACUGAACAGUAUCCCAAUUGAGGAAGUCCUGAAAAUUUACGGGGCCUAUUCUUCUACUGAACCUGAUUCUACAAAGGUCUCCCCGGCUCUGUUGCCCCGCCGCUCCUUGCACCCUUUUGCCAUGUUGACAGCACCCAGCGCAGCAGAGUGCAACCGCAGACAGAGUGUCAAGUUGAGGAGAGCAGCAAUGCCAAAAACUGCCUCCAGCGGCUCUACCAAGAAAGCAAUGGUUCAGAAUGGAAAUCCUGGAAAAGAUGCUCAUAUGCACAGCUCGAGAACAAGUGGCUCAGUCUGCUACGGAAGGGGGCCUGGCGGCAUGAAGGCAGAUGUGGUGCUGGAGCUGAGAGUGCUACACAUCUUGGCUCAGAGGUGA